CUCUUCCAAUCUUUAGAAGAAGAGAUGAUAUGGUUCCCUCCACGCUCUCUCCUUUGAUCAACCCCAGCUUUCACCGUCGAAACCCUAGCCGCCCUAUUCUCUCGUCCCCUCCACCGCCGAGGUCACCAGCUCGCCGAUUUCGCUGUGCCGCCAAGCCUAGUGGUCGUUCCUGGGACUCAAACGCAGAGUUCUUCCGCACCAGGAGGUUCGAGGUCCGUGACGACCCCGGAUGGGGGUUCUGGAAGAGAGGCCGGCGGAGGUGGUGGUCCGAUGAGGCAGAGUUCGAUGAUGAUGUUGAUGACGACGACGACGAUGAUGAUGAUGAAAUUGAUCAGCCGUGGGAAAGGAUUUGGAUCUUCAAGGUUUUCAAGGCAUAUGGCUUCUUGCUACCGGCUAUCAUCGCAUCCAUGCUCCUAGCGACUGGCCCCAAAGCUUUCCUGAUGGCCUUAGCACUUCCUCUUGGGCAAUCAGCACUCUCAUUAGCCUUUGAAAAAGUAUGGGGGAAUUCGAGUGAAGGAGAGCGAGCGAGACAGAAGACUAAAGAGAAGCCCUUUCGUAGGUCAACUAGUGCCAGUGAUUUCAAGUGGCGGGAUGAAGAAGACGGUGCUCAAGGUUAUCGGUCAUGGGUUUCAGGAGAUGUCGGUAUGGAUGAUCAAGGAGAUGACGUUGUCUCUCACCCUCCGCGUAGUUUUGGUGGAUGGGAUGAAUUGGAUCGGCAAGAGGGCUCAACCAAGAGGACGACAAGGAGGCAUAGACCUAUCACAAUGACCGGAUCAUCUUCGGAGAACACAUCUGAGGACAGGGGUAAGUUAUCCGGGAAUGUAAAAUACAGGGAUGCUCCUUUAUUUCUGAGGCUUUUGAUUGCAGUCUUUCCUUUUUUGGGAUCAUGGACUAGGAUGUUAUAGUUUGGAUGGUGUUCUGCACGGCUUGAUAUAUUGUUGUUAUAAGAUAGAAUGGAUGCAACAAAAUCUGAAAAAAUAGUGUAGUAGUUUUUGGUUGGAGGUAAAGAAAUUAUAUGAGAACUCAUAGCAUAAAGAUAUAUAUAUAUAUAUAUAUACACAGGAGAAACAUCAUCUGGGGAUGUUGGUAGCAACGUCCCCAGAUUUAAAAAAAGUUGAGAGAGGAAUAAGAGAGAGACAUGAACAAAGGGGUGUGUCAACAGGUGCAACAACAGUGGCUGGAGAUGGUAUUUAGUUUGGCUAGGUUGAUAUGUUAUCCCUUGUUUGUACUAUUUAUAAGAAUAGUAAAACUAUGCAUCUGAAUAAUUUCAGCCACUGAUUUCUGAUCCAAGAGUUCAUAGUAAACUUGCUUAGAA